UACUUACACAAAUGCUUAAAAACGCCUAUGAAAACGUAAAUAUGCAGUGUAUAUUUUCACCCACCAAGGCAAUGAACUUCCUCUCCCCAAAACUUCUUCCUUCAUCGUCUAAAUCUUCUCUCAAACUUAUAAUGAUCACCAUAGUCUUGUUCUUGUACCGCAAUGUUGCUGCUGUAGAGCUACCAAACAACGAAAAGAUUCCUGCAGUGAUUGUUUUUGGAGAUUCAAUAGUGGAUCCGGGAAACAACAACAAUAUUGGCACGAUAGUCAAAUGCAAUUUCCCACCUUAUGGGAGGGACUUUGUAGGAAAAAGGCCUACUGGAAGGUUUAGCAAUGGCAGAGUCCCCUCAGACUGGAUAGCUGAAUCAGUUGGAGUGAAGAAGAUUUUGCCAGCUUAUUUGGACUCAAAUCUGAAGAUUCAAGACCUACUUACUGGUGUAAGUUUUGCCUCAGGUGGCUCAGGAUAUGAUCCCCUCACUCCCAAAAUAGUGGUAAAUAAAUCUCUAUCAGAUCAACUGGAUUUGUUCAAAAAAUACAUAAGCAAGAUAAAUGCAGCCGUUGGGAAGGAGAGAACAACGACUAUAGUAUCAAAAAGCAUAUACAUUGUGUGCACAGGGAGUAACGACAUUGCGAAUACUUAUUUAUCUACACCACUAAGAAGAUCUCACUAUGACAUUCCAGCGUAUACCGAUCUCAUGGUUAAAUCGGCUUCAAGUUUCUUUCAGGAACUAUAUGGACUCGGAGCAAGAAGAAUUGGAGUUGUAAGUCUGCCAGCCAUCGGGUGUGUACCGUCACAGAGAACACUGAGUGGAGGCAUAGACAGAGGGUGCUCGGAGACUGCCAACCAAGCAGCAAGUCUCUUCAACUCCAAGCUCUCCGCCCAAAUAGAUGCCUUCAAUAGGAGGCUGCCAGAAGCAAGGCUUGUCUACCUCGAUAUCUAUAACACAUUGCUUUCCCUCAUCCAAAACCCUACUCAAUAUGGAUUUGAAGUGAUCAAUCGAGGAUGUUGUGGGACAGGAAACGUUGAGGUUAGCAUUCUGUGUACACGUUACUCUCCGGGAACUUGCAAUGAUUCGUCGAAAUACAUAUUCUGGGACAGCUACCAUCCUUCAGAGAAAGGAUAUGAAGUCAUCACCUCUCUGGUUUUUGAUUCGCAAGUUCAUAAGUUCUUCUGAAGCCUCUCUCUCUCAAGUAUCAGCACUCAAUAAAUUUCCAAACCAGUUUUGGUGCGUUUCUCUUUCAGAAGUUUGAGCCUCAAAUUGUUAGAAAUUGAUGUCAGUCACUUUUUGACUCUUGUUACGCUUUUGUAUUUUUUUUUUUAAAUGGAUAACUGGUGGCUAAUCACGGUUAUCCAUU